CCUGCUUCCAUGGACAUUUGUCUAUCUUGUGUCUUGUUCACUGCUAUAUCUCCAGCACCUAACAAUACCUGGCACAUGGCAAGUUUUCAGUAAAUACAUGUUAAAUAAAGGAAGAAAAAAAAAGAAAAAAGCUUGGCUGGGCUCAGUGACUCAAGCCUAUAAACCCAGCACUUUUGGAGGCUGAGGCAGGAGAUCUCUUCAGCUGAAAAAUUCGAGGCGAGCCUGGGCAAUAUGACAAAAUCCCAUCUCCAGCAAAACAAAAACAAAAACAAAAAAACUAUAAUCGGGCAUGGUAGUGCGAGCCUGUAGUCCAAGCUACUCAGGAGGCUGAGGCAGGGAAAUCGCUUGAGCCUGGGAGGUUGAGGCUGGAGUGAGCCCUGAUGGUGCCACUACAGUCCAGCACGGGUGUCAGAGUGAGCCCCUGUCUCAAAAAAUAAAAAAAAAAAGAAAAAGAAAAAGGAAAAAGCUCAUGAACUAGUAUCCAGACUGUCAACAAUAGGCAGUUAGAAGACAACGUUUCAACAAGUAUUUAUUGAGCAUUUACCAUGAGUUAGGCAGUCACUGUACAAUAACAGGCUGUGUACAGGAAAACAUGGUGGGCCAGCGUGGGAGUGCUGUGGGAGCACAAGAGAGGGACUCCUAACUUAUCCCGUGCCUUCCUGUAGCCCCUGAGCUGAAUCCUGGAGUUUGAUGAUUGAAGUGUUGAGGAAACAGCCCAGCCCGUUGAAUUGGACUUAAACUCAAGAUUGGCUGAUUCAACAAGGCAUCCCUGCAGACAAAGCUGGCAGAGUAGAAGUUUCAACUCCUUUCCAUGGCAGCCCACCAAAACCUGAUCUCGAAGAUCUUCUGUUUAUGCUGCAGGGACUGUCAGGAGCCCUAUGUCAUCGAUGACUCCAAGGUUCCCAGUCAAACCCAAGAGCACAAGCCAUGAACCCAAAAUUUGCAGCUUCGGAAGGAUGAGCUUGACAGACAAAAUCCCAAGCGCAUUAACGGAGUCUCCCAUUUGCCUUCGAGAACGCCCCUGAUCCAGCCAAAAAAGAGCACUUCCUCCAGCAGCAGUGAGUUUGAGGACCUGAAUGCAUAUGCUUCCCAAAGAAAUUUUUACAAGAGAAACUUAAACCGCUACUGCCAGGAGCACUGGCCAUUCCAGCCAUGCCUCAUUGGGAGGCCCUGAGCAUUCUAGCCGGCGGCUGCACAGCUGCUGGGGUGUCUCCACGAGGAAGAGGGCGGUGGACAGGAGUCAUGAAGACUAAUUCGGAAACUCCCCUGAAGCUCCCCUGAAGGAGGAGAAGACGUCUGAGCCAUCCUUGUGCCACCAAGCAAGAGUCACUCCAGCUCCUAAAAAAGCCACCAUGGGAAGAGCUGCCUCCAAUUAAAGUUCGUGAUUGCACGUGAUUGCACCAGA